ACUUUUGUACGAGUGACAGCACCGUCACUAUCUAGAAUAUUUUCAAAUUCACUAUCCCUCGUGUUAGCUGACCAAACUUCACAAAAUGGCUCCAACAAGGAUAAUGCUGACAUCACUCUGUCUAUCUGUUGUGGUCUGUGUGUGUAUGGGACAAAGGUGGAGAGGCCCACGACCGUCACCAGGCCUCCGCUUGAACAAAACGUGUGACAUGUACCGUUCUGUGCAGCGAGUCGAGAAAAUUUACGGGUGUAAUCAAAAUUUGUUGGAUAAAGUCGCCGAUCUCGAUGAGAAGGUGAAUGUAUUCCCAUUCCGGUACAUGAGGCGUCUGUAUAGAUGGUCACGUGACGGAAAGCUGUGCUACGAGGAAAACGGGAGGGCAGUAGAGGUGCUGAAUGCUUGUGAGGCUCUAGACCUCACGUGCAGUAGAAAUUCUCCCAAAACGAUCGACCAUUGCUGGAGAGUGAUUGCAACACUAAAGCCAACUCGCCCACAAGGUCCACAGGGCCCAAGACCUAAACCCCCUGGUAGGGGUAUGUAAACGACGAUACUCAACAAAACAUGAUACUCGACAAACCUCUGCUUCUUAGUAAUGUAUGAUGACGACACAUGAGAGGCUUUCAAUCUGUGAUUUGAAUAUUGAACUUGAUGAUGUCACGGUAUCCUACUUUCAUCAGUGAGAUGUCCCUGCAACCAUGAGGUUCAAAGACAGCUCUAGUCCUUUUAUGCAGGAUUACGCACUUUGAUAAAGUUUUCAAGUAUCGGUUCGUUGAAACCGUCAGACAUACAAUGAACAAUUACUUUAUUCAGUGAUUGAGCAACAUUGUGAUAUUUUGUGAGUAAUUCUUACAUUACCAAAUGCGGACAUAAAACCACAAUGAAUAGAUUCAACAUUAUCUUAAUCGGGCAAAAAUUGAUGUCCAAAACAAUGAAAGAAGAAAAACAAAUGAUCUGUUCAUGAAAUAAUACGAUGUGAACUGCCACCCAAAACCCCAAAAUUAAGUGGUCAAAAAUUAUUUUGGAGGAUGUUCAAGCUAGUCUGGAAAAAAAAAGUUGUAUAAAAGAAACUGUUGUAUAUCAUCUUUUAUUAGAUUUAACAACUUAACAUUUUGACAUUAUGAAAAAGGUGGAUUAUUGUUUGAGAUGAUGACGUCGAUGGUACUGAUAAUGAUGAUGACGAUGAUAAAUAAUAAUAAUAAUAACAAUAAUAAUAACGAUAAGGUGGGGCAUGAGCCACUGGUUCAAAGUUCGGAGACUUAUCUACUGAGCUAUAACACCUCUACGUAUAAAAGCACGCUAAGUUAAUAAUGUCAGAGAAGCUUAUAGGUAUUUUGACAAUUUACAGAGAAAGUUUCCUGGCGACUUAUCGUUUGUUUUAUGGUUACUGGUCACCUGUUAAAAAUUUAACCUUAAUCAGAUAAAUAUGCUCUUAAUAUCAGUAUGCAUUGUAAAUAUAAUCUUGCACUCAUCGUCAUUUUGUAUAAAUAGACGUGAAGUAGUGUUUAAACUACUGAAAAACAAUGUUUGUAAAUAAAUAAUUACAAGAUAUACUUGCUUGUAUUCGUGUGAAAUACACACUAUUGUAUAAAGCU